GCUCAUUAAAAAAAUUGUUUAUUCUCUUGCGGAUUGUGAAUUAAUUAAAAAUCAUGGCUUUACGUACAGAAUUUGAGAAUUCUAGCGAUAUUGGAGUUUUUGCAAAGUUAACAAAUACUUAUUGCUUAACAGCAAUUGGCGGAUCCGAGGCAUUUUACAGUGUUUUUGAAGCUGAAUUUGCGGGUCAAGGUGAUUCUCCAGUGAUUCCAGUAGUUCACACGAGUAUAGCUGGUUGUCGAAUAAUUGGAAGAUUAACUGUUGGAAAUAGACACGGCUUGCUUGUUCCUCACAACACAACAGACCUUGAAUUACAGCACAUUAGAAAUGCUCUUCCUGAUCAAAUACAAAUCCAGCGAGUAGAAGAGAGACUUUCAGCAUUAGGAAAUGUUAUAUCCUGUAAUGAUUAUGUAGCUUUAGUACAUCCAGAUAUCGAUAAGGAGACAGAAAACAUAAUUAAGGAUGUGUUGAAAGUAGAAGUUUAUCGACAGACAAUCGCUGGAAACAGUUUAGUUGGUGCUUAUUCAGUCUUUAAUAAUUCAGGAGGAGUUGUCCAUCCAAAAACAUCAGCACAAGAACUUGACGAACUUUCAUCACUUUUACAGAUUCCUUUAGUAGCAGGAACUGUAAAUCGAGGAAGUGAGUUAUUAGCAGCUGGUAUGGCAGUAAAUGAUUGGACGGCCUUCUGUGGACUAACAACAACCUCAACAGAACUGUCUGUAAUAGAAAGCAUUUUCAAACUGAAUGCUAAUCUACCAGCAAAAAUUACAUCAGACUUGCGAGCAUCUCUCAUAGAAUCAAUGUCAUAAAAAGUUUUCAUACA